GAGAAGACUGUCAGUCAGCUGGGGUGUUUCUGUCUGAACCUGUAGCACGCUGGAGCCAUGAAGACCAGCUCAACAUGUAUUUUUACCCUCAUUCAGCUCCUCAAUGUCCACGCAGACGUCGUAUUCGAGCAGAGGACUGAGCGCGAGUCCCUGGUUCUGACCAGUUCCCGCCAGUGUGACGUGAGCUGCCCGACCAGCCUGCUCCUGUACCACCGUUCUGCCCGCUCCCAGACCACCCUGCUGUCCAUGGUCGCCGGUCACCAACUCCGACUGGACCCGGAACACCGGAGGCGCCUGCACAUCUCAGGCGACCUCAGCUCGCCACAGGUCAGCGUCACCAUGUCAGACCUGAAGCACUCGGACACAGGUCUGUACAUUUGGGAGCUCAAAUACAGCAGGAACGACUCGGACUGCCUCAUUGUCACGUCGCCUACGGUACUGCUGGUGGUAGACGGAGGCGAGUCUUGCAGCUCCGUCGCCGAGUACCGCACCCUGCUGUUCACCAUCGCCACUGCAGCAGGGCUUCUGUUGCUCACGCUCAUUUGGCUGUUCGCAGAAAAACACGUGACGAGAAAAACUGAAACAAGUGGACCCUCGACGCUGGCUCCCAUCUAUGAGGAAAUGAGGAAGCAACAAGACUCCCAAAAUAACACAGAGGCUUCAUCGCACCAGCAGGAAGUGGAUUUCCCCUUGUACGCUAACCCCAACAUCAGACAGUGUCCAGAGAACUACUACGCCUGCCCUCGACAGGUUAAAGCCUGAACAUCACUAUGUUUGGACCCUCACAAGUGGGAGGGGCAUAAAGUGCUUCAUAAAGUGGUGUUUUAUUUGACUUCAAGUUUCAAAAUGUCUCUGGUAACUGGUUUAACAGAGUGUACUGUUAAACAUUUGUGUUAGAGUGCAACCCUAAAACAAAAACCCACACAUGCAGUCAAUACAAGCCAAAGAGAAGACUGUUUUUACAGCCAAGAAAAAUGCUAUUUUAUUAAUAUUUGAAAGAAGCUCCAUAGUUCAUGAAAACAUUUGUUUCGGUGCAUGUCAUUUUACAAUCACAUUCUAUGAGGAAAAAGAUAUACAGAGAAAAAAAAAUAAACAA